AUGGUUACCCUUCCUUGAUAUGCAUGUAUAUUAUUAGGUUUGGUCAUACACACUUUCCUCCCCACUGCAGACCUUAUUAUGCACCAUAGGACUUCUUAGGCAUGAACACUGAGAGAAACACCCACGAACACAGGUAGAGAAGGACGGAAGUAAUACCAAAGGAAGAUGUCAGAGCUGCAGAGAUCUUCCCAAACAUUUAGGGGGUCUGGUUCAUCUGGUCUGAUCUGGGAGGAGAGGUUUAUGCCUAAAGACCAGAACCAGAGGAAUCAAGGGGCAGCUGGGGAGGCAGAGGUCAACAGCUUAGAACUCAAGGAGCUAAGGCACUCCCGUAGCAACGGGUCCAGGGGAGGUGUGCAGCGUAGGUGCAGUGACGGUGCAGAGCGCGGUGGCAUGCCCAGCGACAUCAACCAGGCCUUUCGUACUCGGCAUGUUCCGCCAGCUCUUGAUCCACCUUCACCCAAGUUUGCUCGAUGCAUGUUCUGUGGAAUUUUUAGGAAGGAAGGUCCCUCACAACCUUCCGAACCCAGAAGGUACUAGGGUGGUGCAGAUACUUUUGAGUGUUUGAGAAUAGGGAUAUAAGACAUUUUAUGGCUGAUUGAAGUUCGGGUGUAUCAUAAUAAGCAUAUGUUUGGUUUGCGUGAGGUUAUUUGAAUUGUUUCAUUGUAUGCCGUUGCUACCUUCCUUUUCUUUUCAGUAUUAUCUUGGAAGUGAGAAAAAAUAACAUGUCCUUGUACAGUUUGUGCAUAUGAUGCUUUUCUUCAUUAUACUAUGUGUGUUACAUUGCAUGGUUAAAAACUUAUAACUGUUUGCUGAUUGCUGAUCAUUGUCAUUGUCUCUGUUCAUGACACUGAUCAGCCAGUGAAUUCAGCUACUGAAGCUACAACCUGAGUUCACUUCUACACGUAACAAGUUCUCUUUUAUCUGUAAGGCUACUAUUUAGUACAGUACUUUGUAUAUUCGUAGCACACUGUGUGUUUCUUUCCUAGUUGUCUUAGUGAAUUUACUGUUCCAAUUUAUUUAUUUCUUCAAAUAUGGGUGCCUGGUCGAGAAACACUUUCUUAAAACUAUAUAUAGGCAAAAAGAAAAGAAAAAUCUGUAAGAUAUAGCCAUAUAGGAUAUCACGUCAUGGUUUUUUUUAGCUUGGAUCCACCUCUGGUUUCAGUUACCAUCUAAAUGAUUUUGUUUGCAUGCAUAACUAAGUCGAAGUCUAACUUUUCAACGGUGCAUAUAUUUCUAGUUGUACUUUUGGCUUAUCACCCCAACUGCUUCUAUUUAGCAAUACUUACAAUGCUAUCAUGUGAUGUAGGCUACUGUGGACUUAUCCCGCCCAC